AAAUCUGAGAUGAUUUCAGUCUCAAAUUACUUGUUAUGACCUCUCAAUUCUUUAAAGGCAUUUACUUUUUAAUCAUAAUUUGGGGCAGAUGUGAAUUUCAGCAAAGCUAUGUUAGAUGUAAUCGUACCACUGGUAUUUAUAAUUUCUUUGAAUGUUUUUACAAACAGUUUGCUCAUAAUUUUCAUUUCAAGGCUCACUGCCUAUCAUUCGGAUAUAACUUUGACCAGUACAAAGUAACUGUGUUUAUCUGUGAUUUAUUUGUUUGGCAUUGAGUCCCCAUUUUUAAACUAAUGAGAGGUGGCAGGAUUCAUGUAUAGCGAGAAUGGACUGAGUAGGGGAGACACUUGUAGAAGCUGAGGUCAGGAGGGAGGUAGAGGCCAGGUUACCCAGGCCUCUACUCAAGGCCAUUGGAAUUUUACUUGUAUUCUGAGAUAGGAAUCUUUUGGAAGGAUCUGAGCAGGCAACUGAAUAUGCAAGGGACUCUGAAGUUGAUUGGAGCUUCUAAUAAAAAAAGAGGGAAAAACAUUUCACAGUGUGGGAUGUACCACCAGCAGCCCCACCCGAUUUCUUUUUGAGACUUCAGUAGGUUGUUAAGCAUUGCAGAUGUUUCAGGGAUGAGUGAAUAAUGGGCUGAAUCUAUUGUUUAAGUUAACAGAAAACUGAUUUGGCAGAAAGCACCUUCUGUGUCCUUAACUGAAUUCAGUAAUAAACAAGAAUGUGUGCAUACGAGGAAAAAAAAAAAAAAAAAGAAUGGGGACAUCAAAAACAAAGUCAUGAUUACUUUGCUGGUGUCUUACAGAACUUCUCCCCUUUGAAACCUUAGUAACAUUUUUUUCCUCUUUAAGCAGAAGCAGUUUCCAAAUAUUACUUGGAUAAUGGUGCCCUCUUCUGGGGUAACUGAUGUGACUCUGAAACCCUCUCCUACCACUUGGUUCAAAACAUCUAGAAAGUAACUGACUAAAGAAACAAUGGGACCAAAGGUUAAGCACUGAAAACAUCAUUUAAAGGUUUGAAUUAGGAACUAGAUACUUGCAUAAAUAUACAUAAAUGUGCUCAAAGAUGUCUCCUUUCCAAUGCUGUCAAAACCUCAAGCUAAUGUAGGCACCUCUGUACCUCAUUUCCAUGGUGCUGUUAUGUCAGUGGAUCCAAUUUUGUGUGCUGUCAGCAUUACUCUCCUCACUUUACUAGCCCGAUUUUAAAAUUGACUUGGUUUAGGUCCCAUGGCAAUAGGAAGAAUACCCUCCUCUUUCCCUCCUAUUCUCCUUGCCUUUACUUUCUGCUUUUCCUUUUCCACAUUCAUUAUGUGCCCCCACUGUGUCCUAAAUCAGUUAACUACCCCUUAAACUAUUUCCAUGUCACAGCAUUUAAAAAUGAUGGUUCAUGACAAAGUUGCUGGAGAUAAAGAAAAACGGUUCAAUUCCUCUUGUAACCUAAGAUUGAUGUGCAGAUGCAAAAAGGUUAUUUGAUGGCUUUUAACUUCAACUGUCUAACUUCGGAGUAAAAAUAAUGUAGCCCUGUAGUUCUAAAAAGAUUAGAGAGAGGCAAGUCUGGAAAUAGUCAUCUUUUUUUUUAUAUUAAUGGUCAGUUUAAAUAAGCUAACGCUAAGGGCAAGGGAAAUCUUUAUAGGACCUUGUAACAAGGUAUAGCAGAUGAAGCAUCCAACUCUUAAAGUUUUGUAAAAGAAAUUGUAUCAGUGACUCUGGCAAAAUGUUUGGAAAAUAAAGAUGUUCUACAAAGAUUAUAUAUUGAAUUAUUGUGCAUUUUAAUUAUUCAUGCACAGUAUGCUUCCCCCAACCCCAAAUCUCAUCAUCAGACACAAUCUCUUGAGAUUUACAGAGCGAACUAUGAAGAAAGUUCUCCAUUCCUGCAUCCCAUUCCCAAGUUUUCUAGUUGAGGCAAAAUGAUAUCUCCAGAGAACACACGUGUAAUGUUGUACACAUAUUUUUUUCAGCUAAGUCACUCCUUGGUCAAAUUACUGACAUCAGUUUAUACUUGUCCUUUCCACCUGACACUGACACAGACAGCAGCCAGAGAUUUGGUUCAGCAAAUUUAGGGCUCAGAAAGGCAGAGUUUGUAGCGCUGGGAGUCAUAGGCCAUUCUAAAACACUAGUAUACUUGUUAGUCACUUGAAUAGGGAGAUUUAAACGGUCUACUCCUUCGUUUUUUCAGACCUGUUCUUAGGACCUCUGACAUACAAAUGAACGCCAAAGAGUGUCCAGGAGCUCAACUUUUACUUCAUCUGUUAUUAACCUUCAAUCGCAAUAACAUCUGUUCCUUUUAUCCCAAUUUUACGUGCGACAUUUUUAGCCAUAUCUACACUGUUUUUAUGCACAUCGUCAUACCCUGUUGUAGGGAUAUAAAGACCUUACUGUGGUAGAAUUGGGAGUGGACUGAGGGAUUAGGACAAAAGGAUGUAGAAAACUGCAGAUCUAGAGAUGCAUAGGUAUUCUCAUAACCUAGGAAGAGAGGUGCAUUUCUGUCAUCAAUAGAUGAACACUCCUUGUGUUUGUAAGUAUUGAAUCCAUAAAGUUAUAUAAAAACAUAUAGCCCUUGCCUUCAGGCCAAGCCAUACUGAUGCAGAAGGCUUGAAGUAAUCACAGAUUUAAUUUGUGGUUCCAGCUGUUCAGGACCAAUGCCCAAACUCCACGACCUGCAAUAAUUUGUAAUUUUGCUAAGACAGUUUGCUAAGACUGGUGUGCCAGACAUUAUCAAGUGGUUUGUGAGAAUAGCCCUGUGUCUCCAUCGCGUAAAGUAGCUGGAUCGAAAGGAUCAUGAAGAGAUAAAGAAAUGGCUCUGAGAAGCCAACUAGCGACGGUGAUAGUAAGCAAAGGUAUACAAACACCAAGGAAGAAGUUCCCCUUUGUAUUGUCAAAGGUUUCAGUUUUGUGUAAGGUUGUGAUUCACGGGCAGCUAAUCCCCAUCGGUAAAAUUAAAUCCUUUUUUAUUCACUGCAAAUAGAUAAUCUGUCGAAGACACUUUGGCUUUUCUCGCUAGCAGAAAAUGUGAGGCUUCUUCAGGUUUUUCCUAUUCCUUGUUUCAUGGGCGCAUCUUCCCCCAAACACUGCAAAACUCAAAAGUUUUCAGAUUGAUGUAGCAGAGAAAGCAGUGAUCUCGGCUUUAGGAGCUAAAUUCUCUAGUUCUGAUAGUGCCACUAACAGACUGUGUGACUUCAGACAAGUACAUUCCUUUCUCCCGUUUCGUUUCCUCUAGGUCAACAGAGCCAUGAGAAGGAUCACAAUGAACCACGGAGCAACUUCAUGAUUAAAACCUAAGACUUCAGGGACGGACGUUUGUCCGCUCCCGGCGACACCUCUGGCCCAUAUGGCCCACCCCACACCGCGCAAAGCCCCCUCCACCGACGCCAGGCCUGUGGCGUCGCGCUAAGCCGUUGGUCUUUAACGCCUCCCCCGCAAUGGGCGGGGCGCAGGGCUUCAGCUUCCGGCGGCAAAUGGUGAGGCGGCGCGUGGCGUUGCCCCCUGGCCUCAGUACUGGUCUGCUUAAGCACCCAUCCGCCCGCCGCUCGAGGGGCCCUGUCCACCGCCGUUGAAGGGCUUCCCAGCCCUAGCAGUGCAUACUGGGAGGCUCCCAAGAGGCUCCGCGGGGCCGAGGAGACCAAUUAGGUGUGGGGGAGGGGAAGAGAACCGAACUAUUUAUGCUAAUUAGCGCGUGCUUCCUUUGUGGAGAUUGGCCAGGAUUUUACUCUAGUAACCAAUCACUUAAGAACAAGGGUGGGCCAGUCGAGAUCUCUCGCAUUCAUUGGUUGAGAGGCUUAGGCGCAAUGGAAGGACUUAAAGCAAGAGUAUCUGGGAUUAUUUUUCCCCGCCGUGAGGUGCGUGUCCCGGAAAUGACGCACGGCCAAGGCCGGGCGGCCGCCCUGCCCCCGCUUCCUUUCACGUUGUUGCUGCCCGUAGGUGGUUGUGGUCACUGUGCCCGGAGGGAGGCGGCGGUGGCCAGUAAUGCCUGGGAAACUCCUCUGGGGGGACAUUAUGGAGCUGGAAGCACCCUUGGAGGAGUCCGAGAGCCAGAAGAAGGAGAGGCAAAAGAGUGACAGAAGGAAGUCAAGACACCAUUAUGAUUCAGAUGAGAAAUCAGAAACAAGAGAAAAUGGUGUUACAGAUGACCUGGAUGCUCCCAAGGCUAAAAAAACUAAAAUGAAAGAGAAGCUAAAUGGAGACACUGAAGAAGGAUUUAACAGACUUUCAGAUGAAUUCUCUAAAUCUCAUAAGUCAAGAAGAAAAGAUCUACCAAAUGGAGAUAUUGAUGAAUAUGAAAAAAAGUCAAAGCGAGUAUCAUCCUUAGAUAGUUCUACUCAUAAAUCAAGUGAUAAUAAACUAGAGGAGACCUUAACACGUGAACAGAAAGAAGGAGCCUUCUCCAAUUUCCCUAUUUCUGAAGAGACUAUAAAGCUUCUGAAAGGUCGAGGGGUAACAUACCUCUUUCCUAUUCAAGUUAAGACCUUUGGUCCUGUAUAUGAAGGAAAAGAUUUAAUAGCUCAAGCACGGACAGGAACAGGAAAGACAUUCUCUUUUGCCAUUCCCUUGAUUGAAAGACUACAAAGAAAUCAAGAAACAAUUAAAAAAAGCCGAUCACCAAAGGUACUCGUUUUGGCUCCAACAAGGGAACUGGCAAAUCAAGUAGCCAAAGACUUCAAAGAUAUAACUAGGAAACUCAGUGUGGCGUGUUUUUAUGGUGGAACAUCAUAUCAAAGCCAAAUUAAUCAUAUUCGAAAUGGUAUUGACAUCUUGGUUGGAACCCCUGGUCGUAUCAAAGAUCAUCUGCAGAGUGGCCGGUUGGAUCUUUCUAAACUGCGCCAUGUUGUACUCGAUGAAGUGGAUCAAAUGUUAGAUUUAGGUUUUGCUGAACAAGUUGAAGAUAUUAUUCAUGAAUCCUACAAAACGGAUUCUGAAGACAAUCCUCAGACUUUACUUUUUUCUGCAACUUGCCCACAGUGGGUAUACAAAGUUGCAAAAAAAUACAUGAAAUCCAGAUAUGAACAGGUUGACCUUGUUGGAAAAAUGACUCAAAAGGCUGCAACCACUGUGGAACAUUUGGCCAUCCAGUGUCAUUGGUCUCAGAGGCCCGCAGUUAUUGGAGAUGUCCUUCAAGUCUACAGUGGGUCUGAAGGGAGGGCUAUUAUUUUCUGUGAGACCAAGAAGAAUGUAACUGAAAUGGCCAUGAAUCCACACAUAAAGCAGAAUGCCCAGUGUUUACAUGGGGACAUUGCACAGUCACAAAGAGAAAUUACACUAAAAGGCUUCAGAGAAGGUAGUUUUAAAGUUUUGGUGGCAACCAAUGUGGCUGCCCGUGGUUUGGACAUUCCUGAAGUUGACCUGGUUAUUCAAAGUUCUCCUCCUCAGGAUGUUGAGUCCUAUAUCCAUCGCUCUGGACGCACAGGUAGAGCUGGACGGACAGGGAUUUGUAUAUGUUUUUAUCAACCAAGAGAAAGAGGUCAACUAAGAUACGUGGAGCAAAAAGCAGGAAUUACUUUUAAACGUGUAGGUGUUCCUUCUACAAUGGAUUUAGUUAAAUCUAAAAGCAUGGAUGCCAUCAGGUCUCUGGCUUCCGUUUCUUAUGCUGCUGUUGAUUUUUUCCGACCGUCAGCUCAGAGACUGAUAGAAGAGAAAGGGGCAGUGGAUGCAUUGGCUGCAGCCUUAGCCCACAUUUCUGGUGCAUCAAGCUUUGAACCACGAUCUUUGAUCACCUCUGAUAAGGGAUUUGUGACCAUGACUCUGGAAAGCCUAGAGGAAAUACAGGAUGUCAGCUGUGCUUGGAAAGAACUUAACAGAAAGCUGAGUAGUAAUGCAGUGUCUCAGAUUACCAGAAUGUGCCUCCUGAAAGGAAAUAUGGGUGUUUGCUUUGAUGUUCCUACAACUGAGUCAGAAAGGUUACAGGCAGAGUGGCAUGAUUCCGACUGGAUACUUUCAGUGCCAGCCAAAUUACCUGAAAUUGAAGAAUAUUAUGAUGGAAACACAUCUUCUAAUUCCAGACAGAGGAGUGGCUGGUCAAGUGGCCGGUCGGGCCGGUCAGGCCGGUCAGGUGGUCGAUCUGGCGGCCGAUCAGGUAGACAGAGUCGACAAGGGAGUCGAUCAGGAAGUCGACAAGAUGGUAGAAGACGAAGUGGGAAUAGAAAUCGAUCAAGAAGUGGGGGCCACAAACGGAGUUUUGACUGAGUAUUUGAUAGUUAAUCUACCAGUGUGAGCUUGCCUAUUUCUGCCUAAUCAUGUAUAUUAUCCACCAAAAAUUAGGUCAUCAUAGUUGAGGUAUGUGUCUGCUAUUUGCAAAGAAGUUGGUCGUAUUUUUUUAAAAAGUAUUUCACAAGAAUGGUUGUAAACAAAUCUACUUAUCCAGUUAUACCUUUGAAUAAAAAAAACCUCCUUUUAUUGUCUCUUUUUA